AUGUCUACCUUCUUCAACCGAGGCAGCUCGCAGCCCUUGCGCCCCGCGCCGCCACCCACCUACACCCCGGACAUCAAGGUCGCUCUUCCAGUCCCGGAGAACACGUUGCCUCCCAUUCCCAUCUCGUUCAGGAUUCUCCGUACUGCCGAGAUCCGCUUCAAGGAAGCGGGCUUUGUGGAACUUGCAGCACUGUACGGCGGCAUCCCCGUCCCUGUUGCGCCGUGGCAUUUCCGCCAGCUUCUCGACGCCGAGGUCGAGUUCAGCGACAAGCCGUUCGAGGAUGCCGACCUCAAGGCCGAGUUUGCCGAGUUUGUGCAGCUCGUCAACGCCACAGUCCAGAAGCACCCGUACCCGUACGUCGAGGAGGAAGUGGUCACGGUAUCCAAGUUUGGCAAGGGCAAGAGCACCACGACAAACAACACGUCGGCCGCGCCGCGCGGUCCGAGCAAGGAACUCAUCGCGCUCCGCGUGCGCGUCACGUCGUUGAACAACGAGCUGGCCGCCGCCAAGAAGGAAGUCGAGGAGCUCCGGCUCCUCCAGUCGUCCCAGAGCGCACUGUAUGCCUCCCAGGUCGCGGGCAUGAUGAAGACGGCGACGGCGCAGCAGGCGCGGAUCACGGCCAUUUGA